CCAGUCUCCAAUGACAGAGAGAAUCAAUUCAGGAGUCCGAAAUUCGUUUCGCUCUCGUGCGUGCGACAAUUGCCGCGUCAGAAAGAUACGAUGUGACAAAGUCAUUCCCUGCUCCAGCUGUCGAACACUGGGCAUUUCAUGUAGGGGCGGCACUCCCAGUGCUGAGCCUCGAUUGACUGUACCGAAUGUACCGACUGCAUCGAAUGAAUACGAACAAAAAAUCGACUCCCUCCAAGAGCAAAUCUCUGCACUCCAGAAGAGCAUUCAAGACCUGUCACAAAAUGUCUCUUCAAAACCAUCCCCAUCCCCAUCUACAUUGCCACUGCCAUCCACGCAGAUCUCCGCUUCUGCAACUCCAGCAUUUGAAGGGCAGUCAUCAUUCAACAACGAGAGUCUGCUUGCCCGAGAUGCUGCAUAUUCGGCUGUUGCGACACUACCGCAGAAUAAAGUCGACGAAAGCGUGUCUUCUGCAUUGAUGUCUUUGAAAAGCAGUCUUGACCAGCAUUAUCCUGCCUCGGCACAGGAGCAGGUCAACGAAGCAGCUACUUUUGGCCAGUCUGAUACUGAUCUCCCGCCGGUGGGCUUUGUCGUUGCUGUUGUUAAGAAGAUCAAGGUACAACCUCCUUUUUCUCUUGUCAGCCAUUCCUGGCGAGAUUAUCUGCAGAUUGAAUCGCUGUGUCAGAAGAUUUACUUUCCGUCUGAGCCGAUACCGGCGGGAUCCUUGACGCUGCUGCAUGGGUUGCUGUAUAUUGUUAUUCGCGAUUAUAUGCAUGAAAAAGACUCGGAUCUGCCGGAUUGCGAAUCUUAUGCUGCGCUUUGUGAGCGUCGGUUUACGGCUGGACUGAAGAGUUAUGAGAUGACGGUUAAUCCUACUUUGGAGAAAAUCCAGGCUUUAUUCUUAGGGGUCAUCAAAGCCCAAGAAGACUCCAACCUCCAACAAUGCUGGUCUUUUCUCUCCAUCGCCUUUAACCUCUGCCAAACAAUGGGUCUUCAUCGCAGCUCGACCGUCAAGAACGACCCUACGCCAAUCGCAGAAGCAAAACGGCACGUCUUCUGGUCAUUGUAUAUGAUCGACAAGAAUCUCUCGCUGAACAUCGGUCUCACCUCGCAUUUCCAAGACCACGAUAUCGACGCUGAUUUUUUCACUCCGUCGACGGAUCCGAAGCAGAGGCCGUGGGAUUUGAUGGCGUUGACGAUCAUAAAGUUCUCUGCCAUCCAAGGGAGAAUAUACGAUCGGUUGUAUGCGGUGUCUGGAGGAAAGAUGUCGUCUGAGGAGAAGGGAGCCGCUAUUGAGGUUUUGUCUGGAGAUUUGGUUACUGUUCGGGAUGAGUUAUUAUCGAUCGACGUGAGUACGGGUCUCUAUUCAGAGUCCCUCCAUGGCAUGGCAGCCUGCGCGGAUUUCAUCGCCUACUCCGUCUUGACGGUCAUCUAUCGAGCCCAAACGCUGCCGUCAAACGCCAUGUCGAUCAGCACGCGAUGCCUCGAGGCAGCUACACUCGCCCUACAAAGCCAUCUCAAAUGCUUUGCACAAUUCAAAAAUCGAAAAACACACAAACAAGCCGAAUACGUCAAUUGGAUAUUAUUAUAUCCCUCCUUCACCCCCUUCAUAGUAAUCUUCACCCACGCAAUCGCAACAACAAACCAAUCCGACCUCCUUCUCCUCCAAGAAACCGUUCAAUCGCUACACCUCCUCAAACCACUCUCGCGGGGGUCUUCGCAUCUUUAUGAAAUCUGCCGCGCAUUCUUGAAUACAGCACAAGUACUCAUCGAGUCGCAGCAGACACUGACAGGACUAGAACGACACGAUGAUGGAUCGCUCAGUCUCCCGUCUGCAUUGGACGGACAGACGAAUAUAGUUCUUCCAGAAGUGCAGGGCGAAUUUGGGAUGAAUAGCGCGGAUAUAUCGUUUUUCUUGAAUGACUUUCUCGGUGCGAACCGGUCGGUUAUGGAUUUGUUGAAUGAGUGGGAGGGAUGAUCAAUUAGAAAAUGUACGGAAUAAACAAGUACGGCACUCGCCGCUCAUACUCGGCCCACGCAGCCCCGUAUCUCUCUCGACAGCGGUGGAUAUCCCUCCUCGCGCGAUGAACAAUCAUAAUACUAAAGAAGACAAAAUAGAACCACGGAAACGGCGAGUUGAACCCAGUAAUCAAACCCCACGACAUGGCGAAGAAAAAGUCACACGUAUAGUGCACUUUUCUCGCCAUUCCAUACCACCCCGAACACAAAAUCGAAUCCCCCGUCUCGGUGCGAAUCGAAACCGGCUCUUUCACGUAUUUCCACGGCAGCUGCGGAAACGACUUCCGGUGCACCGGCACCCCGCGUUCCUGGGCGCGGAAGAAAUUCUUCUGGCUGUUGCCC